AUGUGCAAGCACGUUCUCAACGCUCAGGUCGCCAUCCGCAGCCCCUGCUGCAAGAAGUGGUUCGACUGCGCCGAGUGCCAUGCCGAGUCCCAAAGCCACGACCUGCAGAAGAGCACCGAAAUGACCUUCGCCUGCAAGAAAUGCAAGAAAUGCUUCCGCAAGAAUGCCGAGGAGUUCGAGGAGAGCGACGAGUACUGCCCGCACUGCGACAACCACUUCGUCAUCGAUGCCAAGACUCCCGAGGCACGAAUCGAGGUCGAGGGAGAAGACGUGCGCGUUGAUGCUAGAAUGCUCAAGGACGAUCGUGUCCAAAAAGUAGUGCCGAAGAACAUUUGGGACAUCAACGUCUCGGACAGGCUUGGCUAG